AUGAGUACAUUAAUCAAUUCAUCAUAUGGUAAGGCCAAUGUCAAGUUUCUUAAGGUGAAGAAAGACCCUUCUAAUCCUAAAGUUCAAGAUGUCCUUGAAGCCAACGUUCAAUGUCUUCUUAAAGGGAACUUUGAUGUUUCUUACACUGAAGCUGAUAACUCGGUUAUUGUGCCCACAGACACGGUUAAGAACACUAUAUUAGUUGAAGCUAAGAAUACGGAUGUUUGGCCCAUUGAAAGGUUUGCUGGUCAUUUGGCUAAGCAUUUCACUAGUAAAUAUUCUCAUGUUGAUGGAGUGGAGAUUUCCAUUGUUCAACAAAGAUGGAACAAGUACCCUGUUAAUGGUAAAUUACACGAUCAUUCGUUUGUUCAUGAAGGUCCAGAAACAAAACAAACCUUUUUAACUUACAAUAAGAAGACUCAAGAAUUAUCAUUGAAAUCAUGUAUUAAGGAUUUAACAGUUUUGAAAUCGACCGGAUCGAUGUUCUAUGGUUUUAAUGUUUGUGAUUACACCAUUUUGAAACCAACGACUGAUAGAAUUCUUUCCACUGAUGUUUUUGCCUCAUGGGAAUUUGAUCCUAAGAAGUUGGCUACUUUAGAAGAUAUCGCUACCUAUGCCGAUGCUGGAUUAUUUGAAGAUACCCUUAAGACUGCUAGAGAUGCUACUUUGGAGUUGUUUGCAUUGGAAAACUCCGCUAGCGUUCAAGCCACAAUGUAUAACAUGGCCGGUAAGAUAUUGGCACUGGUUCCUGAAGUCAAGACAGUUACUUAUGAAUUACCAAACAAACAUUAUAUUUUGUUUAACUUAGAAUGGAAGGGUAUUAAAGAUAACACUGAAUUGUUUUACCCUGCUUCAGAUCCAAAUGGGUUAAUUAAAUGUACCGUUGGGAGAACUAACGCUAAGUUAUAG